UUCAGAUCGUGACACUGCCAUUUACUAGCUGUGUACUCGUGGAUAAUUCAUUUAGCCUCUCAGAAGCUCAGUUCCUGGUCUAUGAACAAGCUGCUACUUACUGUGUAGAAUAGUGGAAAGGUCUGAGAUAUAAAUACUUGAAAUAGAAUAGGUGCUAAUGCUGGUCGUUGUCAUCUCUGUAUCCUGAGUGAGCAUCACCCCACAGGCAGUAUGAAGGGGUCUGGAGAUGUGAGGGAAGUCCCAGUUGUUUCAAACUCCUGGACAAAUCUCUUUGGCCCAGAAAACAUCCUUGGAGGGAUCAAGACCAAGACCAGACAGUCCGUCUCUCACAAUUAAGGCACAAUUAAGGCAGUACAACUUGCGGGAGAACCCAGGAUCUCUACCCAUCCUUGCCUCUAUAUUCCCAUCUCAGUUCUCCAAAUCAAGUCCGUCUCUGAUCCAGCCACUUACGUCCAGAGGAAUGAAAAGACUGAAUUGAGGUAAGGGCUCCCCUCCAUCUGAUCUUUCAUUACUUUCCAGUGCUUGGAGCUCCAGCCUGGAACUCAGCAGAUGGGGGGUUAAGAUUGAUGCCCUGUCCUAUCUCCUCCCCUCUCCAUUCCUGACUUCAAAGUUUCCAUAAAGCCAGACACUGCUUCCCUGCCCCCAUAGUUGCAGCUCCAUCAUCAGCUCUUGGCCGAUUCAAAGCAGCAGACGCUGAGCCCUGGCUGGGCUGCUUGCACUCCACUUUCUAGCCGUCUCCUAGGGUAAGCACCGGCGUGCUGAGGACCUGUGGGGCCAGCAGUCUUUGCUCCUCCAGGAGAGGAGAGGCAACUAGGAAUAGAAGUUGCCUCAAGCAGGGACUUUGUCUCAUGGUUAGACUUAGAAGGCAACCGGCAGGCAGAACCCCUGGUCUAAGGACCAGGACUCUGGGACUCCAUUUGUUUUUGAUCAGAGCGGACAUUUACAGGGUUAGCAAUUAGAGCCAUAGGGGUUCCAGCACAGGGAUAAGGCAGGGGGUUGGUACCUGCAAAGAACCUGUCAAGAGAUGGACUUAGAGACAGGGGAACAGCUCAGGGACCAGAAUUUGUUCCAUUAGCCUUAACAUCCAAAAUCUACACAAAAAAUUAUACACAGAUCCAUGCCUAAUCGUUUCAAUCUCUGGCUCUGGUGAUUCGGUAACCGGUGCUGUAACACUGGGAUGGCUCUGGCUGCCUGGGGCCGGAUCUUCCUCUGCAGCUCCAUCAGGGACAACCAUCACAGACUCAAGGCCAGUGGGGGACCCAAGGUUAAAGGCCUGUUCCUCCCACCCUCAUCUGUGGAUUUUUCCAGCUGCUUUUCUUGGCCCAAGGAUCACACCCGUAGGGACAGAGAUGGUAGAGGGGGAGGCAGAGAAAACAGUGAAGCUGGAAUGAUCUGGACAAGAGGCAGAUGUUGGGAGGAAGAGACCGAGAAAUGGCUCCAGCCGUCUGAGACAGGACACCCAGGACAUCUUUUUAAGUAGUGUCUGUGUUGGGCAUGGACUGGUUUGAAGCCUAGGAGCCCCAGCUGCUAACAUCUGGGGGCAGGAUCAUGUCUGCUAACAAAGGCUGGUGGGCACCACCUGAGGGUGAGGACAGCAUGUCUGAGAAGUUCCUGAGGAAGACCAGGGAGUCUCUGCUGGUGCCUAUAGGCUUAGGAGGCUGCGUGGUGGUGGCAGCAUACAGGAUUUACCGGCUGAAGCCUCGUGGUUCCACCAAGAUGUCCACACACCUGAUUCACACCCGAGUGGCAGCACAGGCCUGUGCUGUGGGUGUGAUCAUGCUGGGUGCUGAGUACACGAUGUACAGAGACUACGUCAAGAGAACGGCGCAGGAUGCUGGGGAGAAGUGGGACUCCUGCAGGCCUGGGGCAGUCAGACCUCUUCGAUCAACCCCUGGCCGCCUCCCUGGGGACCAGGCAGGAAGAAGGCUGCAGCUGGGAGCAGAGUCCGUGCGGCCUCGUGGGAGACAACACAGAUCCAGAACCCAAGUGCCAGGAUGAGCCUGUGCUGGAGGGAAGGGGGCGGAGCGGUGGGGAUGAAAAGAACGGAGCAAGGCAGAGGUCAGAAUGUUCUGUUCAUUUAUAAACCAUGUCUAAGGUCAAACUGUUAU